AUGUACCUGUAUAAGUCUCCUCCGACGCUCGGUGGCCUGACGUCCCACGAUCACCAUCUUGACGCCGACAAUCGGGGCACAACUUCACAAGUCGAAACGCUCUUCGGUGAGGCACCAAGCACGAGGCACGAAAACGUGGGGACGAAACCAAAGAACCUGGCAAGACGAGAGUGCCUUGACCCCUUGGACCCCUCGCACAGUGAAAAGCAUCACGGGCGGACGACAAAUCCAGCGCUAGCCCUCCAGAGCGAGCGUAACCAAAAUCACCAAACACCACCAUCACCUCACGGGCCAGCAUCCAAUUUCAGGGCAGCCAUGGAUCAGGGCAACGAUACCACCAAGCCAGAGGACAAGUCGACGGGACAGGAGCAUCGUGGGUGGAGCUUGUGCUCGGCCGCGACUCGACGGCGGAAGACUGAGACUCGUAUGCAGCAAUGCAUAUUCGUCUCGUUAUGUCUCGUGGUUGACAACGCACCAUCACAUUACACUCGCACUGCACUCUCACUUUGGCUCACAUUCAGUAGUGCAAUGAUUUCUGCGGGACGUGCAGCAUCUCAUUGCCUUCAUCCUGGCACGAAUGGCAACAGACUUUUGGGAGGGCAGAUUUCCCAUGUCGAUCAUCAACUAGUCGAGGAAUGUCGCAUGCGUAGCUUUCUGGGCACUGCACCAACCACAGCAUCGUUAAGGCGGCAUUCGCUCGAGCCAAUUCCUCCUCAGAUCCAGCAUGAUGUGACAUGA